AUGAGAACUACGCUGACACUAGAAACCAUGGUCAGUGACGAAGAAUAUGGACCGAGAAACUGUAUGGUGUGUGGAGACCGAGCCACAGGCUACCACUUCCAUGCCCUGACUUGUGAGGGCUGCAAGGGCUUCUUCAGACGAACAGUCAGCAAAACCAUUGGUCCCAUCUGCCCGUUUGCUGGAAGGUGUGAGGUCAGCAAGGCCCAGAGACGCCACUGUCCAGCCUGCAGGUUGCAGAAGUGUCUAAGUGUUGGCAUGAGGAAAGACAUGAUACUGUCAGCAGAAGCCCUGGCAUUGCGGCGAGCCAGACAGGCACAGCGGCGGGCACAGAAAGCGUCUCUGCAACUGAGCCAACAGCAGAAAGAGCUGGUCCAGACCCUCCUGGGGGCCCACACUCGCCAUGUGGGGCCUAUGUUUGACUACUUUGUGCAGUUGAAGCCUCCGGCUUACCUGUUCAUCCAUCACCGGUCUUUCCAGCCUCUGGCCCCCGUGUUGCCUCUGCUCGCACACUUUGCAGAUAUCAAUACUUUCAUGAUACAGCAGAUUAUCAAGUUCACCAAGGAUCUGCCCAUUUUCCGGUCCCUAACCAUGGAGGACCAGAUCUCCCUGCUCAAGGGAGCGGCUGUGGAAAUAUUGCAUAUCUCACUCAACACUACGUUCUGUCUUCAAACAGAGAAUUUUUUCUGUGGGCCUCUGUGCUACAAGAUGGAAGACGCAGUCCAUGUGGUGGCCAGGAGGCUCCUCAGCCUACUGUCUCUCACAGUAGGGUUCCAGGACGAGUUUUUGGAGUUGAUCAUCCACUUCCACAAAACACUGAAAGGACUGCAGCUCCAGGAGCCUGAGUAUGCACUCCUGGCUGCCAUGGCCCUCUUCUCCCCUGCUCCUCCUAUCUCAGACAGGCCCGGGGUCACCCAAAGAGAAGAGAUCGAUCAGCUCCAAGAGGAGAUGGCGCUGAUUCUAAACAACCACAUUACGGAACAACAGUCAAGGCUCCCGAGUCGGUUUCUAUAUGCAAAGCUGAUGGGCCUGUUGGCUGAGCUCCGGAGUAUAAACAACGCAUACGCCUAUGAACUUCACCGCAUCCAGGGACUGUCUGCUAUGACGCCACUGCUUGGGGAGAUUUGCAGCUGA